AUAUAUAAUCCAUAUGGGUAAUCAUCUGAAUGUAUGGCCUAUAUCAGAAUGUUUGAUAUACUCGUAUAUUAAAGACAUUUUAAAAACAAUGUAGAAAUCACAAGAGAAUGACAAAAAUGCAUACUUUUUAAGGUUAUACCAAGAAAUACAAAACCCAUAUUUGAGGAACUUGUCGUCUGCAUAUCACAAUAUAACUGAACUGUAUAUACAUGUAUACAUCAACAGUAUUAUUUUUACUGGUCAAAUUAAAAUUUUAGAUAUCUGAUUUUGUACAAAUGCUCCCUUUGAAUCCCCCCACAAAAUACCCAUCGAAAGGAAGCUCCUUGUUUACCCACACUUUCCACCUCAGGUUAAUUCUCUGAAUUCACUUUCCACCUCAGGUUAAUUCUCUGACUUCACUUUCCACCUCAGGUUAAUUCUUUGACUUCACACUAGUCUACACAUAGGCAGAAAAGAACAUACGCCACUGCUAUUGAAUGAUUUACUAAAAUAACAUUUAUAUAUGGUGUAUACCGGUGUCAUAUAUAUCAGAACAUAAAAAAUCUUUCUUAUACAUCAUUAGAAAGACAGCCCUACAGCAUAUGUCUGAGUCAGUGUUCAUGGGACUGUGUGACAAACUUGGGACUUCACAACUGGUGGCCAUGAGGAGAGAUGUGGUAGAUAUCAGUGAUAUGGUGAUCAAUCAAGUGAGAACAAGCGAUGAUGUCAAUUUGAUGAAUAGCGGAAGUGAGAAAGAAGGAUUUAGACUGGAGAAAUCAGAUAUAGACUGUAUGUUGUGGCCAAAUAAUCACCGUGUGAUCUGGGAAUUAUCUCAGUCUCAGUAUUACAACACAAACACUCAAACACAGAUCCUCUGUGACUCUUCUGAUAGUCCACCAGGAUUUACUUUGUUAUACUUACUGUCACCAAGCAGCUACAGAAAUGUCCAGAGAGCAUGUGUUAGAAUGAAUAACAGGUAUUAUAUCUCCAGCUCAAAAUACACAAAGAUUCUGUGCUCGGUUGCCGAUUUUCCUGACCCCAGUCCACAUGGACCCUGUAUCAGUGGAGUGUAUUUUGGGGGUAAAGAAUAUGAUUAUGCCUACUGUUUUGCUUGUGACUUUUGGCCUCCAUCUGCCUUCUCAUGGAUAGACAGAUGUCACUCAUGGCCACAGCCUCAUGCUGUUGAUGAGAUAGUAAAGAAUGGAUGUCACUUUGUAGCAAUAGGACAUACACUUGGACACCAUGUGCACAAUGAAUGGAGAAUUUCUUUCUCUCUUGCAGAACAUAAACUUGUGUGUGCUAUGAAGCAUUGUCAAUUCUUAUCAUAUGGCUUGCUUAAAUUGUUCUUGACAGAAAUAAUUAACAAUGAACUAGGUGAUGGUGAUAAAUUACUGUGUUCCUAUCAUAUGAAAACAGCAGUUUUCUGGAUGAUUCAACAAAAUACAUUACAACAUUGGUGUCCACAAACUCUCCUAGAGUGUUCCUGGAAUUUCUUCAAGCUCAUUCUUAAGUGGGUGUUUUCAUUCCCCAAAAUAACAUGUUUCUGA